CCAUCCAAUGCACCAGCCCGGAGAAGGGGGAGGGAGCUGCCGGGUGACAGGCGGUCACAGGUGUUGCUGUUGCCUCUGAGUCACGGGAGAGGCGUCUCUGCGCCCCAACCAGCUGCUGCUUCCCCUUCCCCCCCCCAAGGCUGCUGCGGCUGCCAGCCGAGACAGAGCCAACUCCUCACAGGCGGCCUUGCUUGCAGGAGGAGCAGCCACCGAGCCGCGCAGCCGGGGGAAGGAGCAGACGCCCUGGGAAGCCUGGCCUGCUGCCUGCUACUGAUACAGAAAUCUAGAUGGGAUUUCAAACAUAAGAGAUGGUUUUCUCAGGUUUUGGAAGUAAUAGAGUACUUGGUCACUAAUUCCUCACUUGAAGGACGGUUGUAUGUUUAAACUUGGAAGGCUCUGCAUUGGGGUUCUUCAGCUCUCUUAAUUCCCAGAUUCUCCUUCCCAGAAGAAAUGGACCCUAUGUGUGAGAGCCAUCCAAGUCAAUAAUGUGACAACGAUAACAUUGAAAGUCUGCUGGAGAAGAAUCACUAAUUCCUAUAAGAAGUGGGUUGUUUUUUUUCCAUUCCUUAUAAAACAGACCACCUCAAAAUCUGAAAACAAAAUGCCAGCUAAGACACCCAUCUACCUGAAAGCUGCCAAUAAUAAGAAAGGGAAGAAAUUCAAAUUAAGGGAUAUUUUGUCGCCUGAUAUGAUCAGUCCACCACUUGGAGACUUUCGCCACACCAUACACAUUGGGAAAGAGGGACAACAUGAUGUUUUUGGGGACAUCUCAUUUCUGCAAGGAAAUUAUGAGCUGUUACCUGGGAAUGAGGGAACACCAAGAGUUGGUCAGUUUGGUGGACAUAGUGAGUUCUUAAGGGCAAACAGCACCUGUGACUCCAUGUUUACAGAAACUCCUUCCCCCGUGCUCAAAAAUGCCAUCUCGCUUCCUGCCAUUGGUGGUUCUCAAGCCCUUGUGUUGCCCUUAUUGUCACCAGUGACAUUUAAUUCAAAGCGGGACUCCUUUGGGCCAUCAAAGAAUCCAAGGCUUAGUUGUGAGCCAGUAAUGGAAGAAAAAUUGCGGGAGAAAAGCAAACAGUUAGAGAAUGGGGAAAUGUACAAAGAUGACAUCCAAUGGGAGCCGAAUGAUUCUGGGUCAAAUUAUACUAAUGGCAGAGAGAGUCAUUCAUCCAGCCUUUCUGAACAAUGCACUGAUUGGCAAACAGUUGACUUACUUGAUGACAGUCAUCUCUCAUGUGAACUUACCAAGGCAGAGACUAAGUCAGAAGAAUCCCUUUCAGAUCUUGCAGGCUCGCUUCUUUCAUUGCAGCUUGACCUGGGACCCUCACUUCUGGAUGAGGUGCUCAAUGUAAUGGACAAAAAUAAAUCCUAGGACUGUUGUACUUUUUUGCCACUUUGUAAAUGAUGCAUUUUU